CUCCGACGAGAUCUCUGAUCCUUCAAACCCUAGCUAUAUCCAUCUCCAUGGACGACUCUUGGAGGUUCCGGCCACCGCCGCCGCCGCCGCCGGCUCCGUUCGGUGAUCUCCAUCACCCCCAUCCCCCUUUCCCGCCGGCGCCAUACCAUAAUCCAGCGUUCAGAGCGCCUGACACUUGGACCGCGAUUCCUCAUCCACCAUUGGAGCGUCCUCCGUUCUUCCACCCCCCGCAUCCUCCCCCGAUGUUCUUGGACGACGAGCGGGAGGCCUAUCGCAAGAGGAUGCGGGUCGAUGAUUCGUCGCAUCAAUUUAAUCCUUUUGUAAACAGUGCCUCGUCGGAGGAUGAGCGGAGGUUGUCUCUGAUCCGUGAUCAUGGGCAUCAGGGUUUCCUUCCGUUCGAUCGGAGCUUCACCGCGUCUGGGCAUGGGUUUCCAGAGAGAAACCGGCCUCCGUUGCCUAUUGACUAUGCUUUCCCUCCCGGGAUUUCGAAUUCUCAAAGAUUUGGUGGAUUUGCACCUCACGAAGGUGAGAGAAGAGAUCCCUAUUCUCGGGAUGGGCAAUUUGAGGAUUAUUUGCCGCCGAAUCAAAUUUAUAGGCAGGGUAUUCCCGUCGGGGUAUCAGGAAAUUAUGAAGCUCGUCCUUUUGAGCAACAAUUCCACAAUUCGCUGCUGCAGGAUCAGCGGCAGCUACAUCUGAAUGAGAAUUCAUAUAUUUCUCCAAACCAAGCUCAAUAUCCUCAGACCAAUGGAUAUCAGGCAGAAUUCGGUGCAGUGAAUGCUGAGAAGGAGAGCUCUAUUCCAGAGUCUGGAUCACAACACUCUGGACAAAGUAAGCUUGAGUAUCACUGCCAGCAAGCUGAUAUGAUCAAUAACCAUUACGAUUACAAGCAUUCAGAUUUGGAUAAUGUUCAGCGGCAGCAUCAAUAUCAAAGUUAUGCUGGUUCAAAGAGUAUCAAUGGAGAAAGUGGCUUUAUACGGCCACCUGGAACUAGAGAAAAUGGCUACAUGGGUGCCACAUUGGGGAAUCAUGUACACAUUCCGCAGAAUUGCGCGCCUUUACCACCACCUCUUCUGGCGGUUCAUCAUGAACCAUCUCCUAGCUUUCAGGGCACACCUUCCUUGGCUCCAUCUCCUGUUCCAAGUUCCCUUAUGGGCAGUACAGUAACUAAUGUGCCACUUCCCUCCGCUGCUCGGACUUUUCCUGAAACUCAUCCUUGGUCACAUGCCACCGCAUUUGAGACCAAGACAUUACCUUUUCCGCAUCAAGUUCCAUCAACACAUUAUCUAGAUGAAGGACGACCAGUAUUUCCCUCUAAACACCCUACACAAGAAAAGCCAACAGUAAUUGAUGCUUGCCACCUGUUCAGACAACCACAUCGAGUUUCUCGUCCUGAUCAUUUUGUGAUCAUCCUUCGAGGCCUUCCAGGUAGUGGAAAGAGCUACUUGGCAAAGGCAUUACGAGACAUUGAAGUUGAACAUGGAGGAAGUGCACCGCGAAUUCAUGCAAUGGAUGAUUAUUUUAUGAUUGAAGUUGAAAAGGCUGAAGACAACGGAGGAUCUAGAACUUCUACUUCAGUCCGAGGCAAGAAACAAAAUAUGAAGAAAGUCAUUGAGUAUUGUUAUGAACCAGAAAUGGAGGAGGCAUAUCGGUCUAGCAUGCUGAAGGCAUUUAAAAAAACUCUAGAUGAAGGGAUUUUCACUUUUAUAAUCGUGGAUGACCGCAAUCUGCGGGUAGCCGAUUUUGCUCAGUUUUGGGCAAUUGCAAAGAGGUCAGGCUAUGAGGUGUAUUUGCUGGAAGCCACGUACAAGGAUCCAAUGGGAUGCUCAGCAAGAAAUGUGCAUGGAUUUAAAUUGGAUGAUAUCAAGAAGAUGGCUGACCAAUGGGAAGAAGCUCCAGCAUUGUAUCUACAAUUGGAUGUCCAGUCACUAAUUCAUGGUGAUGACCUCGAUGAACACUGUAUACAAGAGGUAGACAUGGAUUCAGAUGAUGCAUCACACGAGUUGCAUGCAGUACCUGAAUUGAAGGAUAAGGAGGAUUUUAAGAUGCCAGGAACAUCAUCAUCAUCAUCAUAUCAUGCACCUGAUGGUCUUGUAAAUGUUGGAGAGAGCUGGGAUGGUGGGAAUGAUGAUGAAGAAGAACUGACAACAGUGAAAAAGUUAGAAAAAAGUAAAUGGUCAAAGGAUAUUUAUGAGGAUCUAGAAGAUUCAGACAGUCCUAAAGAAAAGCAAAAUGCUCUAUCUGGAUUACUUCAAGCAUAUGGAAAGAGUGAUAAAUCAGUUCGUUGGGGUGACCAGGUCAAAGAGAGUGGAUUUUCCAUUAGUGCUGUCAAGAAAAAAAAUGCCUCGUCACUGAUUAUUGGACCGGGUUCUGGCUACAACUUGGGCACAAACCCAUUGCGAGAUGAGGAUUCUCUGGAGGUUGCUGCGAGGAACAGUGGAAGUGAGCUGAAAAAGCGAAUCCAUGAACAACUCCGGGCUGAGCGUGACUCCUUCAAAGCAGUAUUUGACAGGAGGCGGCAACGCAUUGGUGGCCUUCAUGAUGCCGAUGAUGAGUAGUACACUCAAUUUGGAGGUUUAUCAUCACCCAUCAGGCGUCUCAGAGGAAAAUUUCCUUAAUGCAAUCUAUAGGUAUUUCCUUGUUCCUCCAAUCCAAACUCUGAUUUGUAGGGUAGUCUCUUCUCUCGCAGGAUCUUCUAAUUCGUAGACUGCCACCUCAUUGACUCUUGCUUAUGAAGGGAAUUCCAGAGAUCAUAUCAAGAUAUUGGCCUUGUUGUAUAAUAUUCCUUGAUAUUGAUUGUAUUUAUGUGACAUGGUUACAUGAUUUUAUAUUGAGAUUACCUUAUAAUUUUUCUUUUACAAGGGUGAACCAAGCAUUACAAAUAGAUUGGAGUUUAACCCUAUUUAGGGAGGAAAACAGUUGGAAAGUGAGAUAUGAUGGGAUCGGUUUCAUUAAAUUACUUAGUGUUUGAAAUAUUAGUUAAGUGAACAAACAAACCAUUGUCUUUGAAAGCAUUGUAUUUCAUGAGCACAUUGUGCAACAAAUAUUUGCUUUUC